GGAGGAGGAGGAGACACUGAGGCGGUGAACGCGCAGUGCCACUACACUUUGUUCCAGGAUUGAUUUUAUGAUUAUUAUUGUCUUCACAGUGUGUGUGAUAGUGCGUUGUGUCGCCGCAGAGAGGAGCAGAGUGUGAGGGGAGCGCAGAGGAGAACGGUCGCUUCGGCGGAUGGGGAGCGCGCACGGUUCUCUCCCAUCCGCGCGUCUCUGCGUCUCCGUCUCACUGAAGCCACAGCCCCGCGCUGCUCCCCGAUAUUUCACCGAGUCGUUGUUACAUAAACCGUCGUCUUUGGCUCCAUUCAGCUAAACCCAGGAGAGCGACAGACCGCGUCCUGUCUGCCGCAGGAGCGGCAGCGGGCGACGACGCGGCGGCGGCGGCGCAAACCCCAGGCUGUGUUCCUUCUUAUUUGCCGUCUUGGAGCAAAGGGACCAGGAGGAGGACGCGCAGAGGGUGGAAACCCGAAUCCAGCGGUGAUGAGAACUCACCCCGAGUGGAUUUCACUCGUCAGCUGCCAGAAGCAUCUGGAAAGGAUAACACAAGGAUUCUGUCCCCCUCCAGAGGAUCAUUCACGUCUCAGAUAUUUUCAGGCUUUUUACUUCUGCGGCUGCUGAGUGGAGCAGUGUUUUAAUGUGAAAUUACUUCAACCACAUUCACAAUAAAAGCCCCUGCCUCUCCUGAGUGUCACAGCUGGGCUUCAUCACCACAUUUGUCUCCUGGCACCACAUGUUUGGAUAACUUAUGCACGCCAUAGUCGAAUAAACGGGACAAUUAUCAUCUCCAAGGUUUCCUGUCAGCCAUGCAGUGAAGAUGUGUGCAGCCAGGUUCAGUGGCUGCCUCAAUGGCUGUGCUGAGGAGGCCACGGGGGCCGCCGGUCUGGUCAUGGCCUCCAGGAUGCUGGACUGGACAGAGGCAGGUCCACGCAUCCUCCACAGCCUGGAGAUGGGCACGGUGAUGACCAUCUUCUACCAGAAGAAGUCCCAGCGGCCUGAGAGGAGAACAUUCCAGAUCAAGCAGGACACACGACAGACGGCGUGGAGUCGAAACCCAGACAAAGUUGAAGGAGAGAUUGACAUACGAGAGAUCCGGGAGCUGCGGCUGGGGAAGGGCUCCCGAGAUUUUGAGCGCUACCCGGAGGAGGCUCGUAAACUGGACUCCGCCCACUGCUUCAUCGUGCUCUAUGGCCUGGAGUUUCGCCUCAGGACGCUCAGUGUGGCCGCCUUCAGUGAAGAGGAGGUCAACAUGUGGGUCACUGGUCUCAACUGGCUGAUGGCCGACACUCAGAGAGCUCCAGCACCGCUGCAGAUAGACAGGUGGUUGAGGAAACAGUUUGACAUCAUGGACCGGAACCAUGAGGGCAGCGUCACAGUGAAGGAAGUGAAAGCUCUGCUGCCUCAGGUCAACUACAGAGUCCCCAACAUGCGUUUUCUCAAAGACAAGUUGCAGGAAGUGGAGGCCAGGAGUGAUCUGUCCUUCCCCAACUUUGCACAGCUCUACAGAACACUGAUGUUUGACGCGCAGAAGAGCAUUAUUGAGCAGCUGGAGCUCUCCUUCCCUCUGCGGAACGUUGACAGACCAGAGCUUUGUCAGAUCUCGCUCUACGACUUCCAGAAGUUCCUACAGAUGGACCAGAAGGAGUCCUGGGCAUCAGACCUGAGUCGUGUCAGAGAGUUUCUCAUGGGUUACAUAAGAGGGGGCGCACAGCCUGAGCCCAUGCUGCAACUGGACGAGUUCCUGACCUUUCUGUUCUCUAAAGAGAAUUCUGUGUGCGACCCUCGGCUUUCGCCUGUCGUCCACGACGACAUGAAAAGACCUCUGUCUCAGUACUGGAUCUCCUCUUCACACAACACCUACUUGACCGGUGAUCAGUUUUCCAGUGAAUCGUCUCUAGAAGCCUACGCUCGCUGUCUGAGGAUGGGCUGCCGCUGUAUUGAACUGGACUGCUGGGAUGGACCGGAUGACCUGCCAAUCAUCUACCACGGCCACACACUUACCUCCAAAAUCAAAUUCCUGGAUGUGCUGCACACGAUCAAAGAACACGCCUUUGUCACAUCCGAGUAUCCCGUGAUUCUGUCCAUCGAGGACCACUGCAGCGUCGUCCAGCAGAGGAACAUGGCCACACACUUUAAGAAGGUGUUUGGAGAUCUGCUGCUCACCAAGCCGGUCGACAACAACGCCGAGGAGCUUCCGUCGCCGUACCAGCUCCGCAGGAAGAUCCUCAUCAAGCACAAAAAGCUGGUGGAAGGAACGCUCUACGAGGAGGUGACGUCAGCCAGUUACUCUGAGAACGACAUCAGCAACUCACUGAAGAACGGCAUCCUUUACCUCGAAGACCCCAUCGACCAUACAUGGACUCCGCAUUAUUUCGUCCUGACCACGAAUAAGAUCUACUACUCAGAGGAGACGUCUCAUUACCAGACAACUGAUGAAGAGGAGGACGACGAGGGAAAAGAGGAGUGCAACAACAACGAGCAGCACUGCGCCGAGCGCUGGUUCCACGGGAAGCUCGGCGGAGGUCGAGACGGCCGACAGGUGGCCGAGAAGCUGCUGCAGGAAUAUUGUGAGGGCGGGGCCAAAGACGGCACCUUCCUGGUUCGGGAGAGCGAGACGUUUGUCGGCGACUACACCCUCUCCUUCUGGCGCUCGGGACGCGUUCAACACUGCAGGAUCCAUUCACGCCAAGAGUCCGGCUCCACCCGCUUCUACCUGACUGACAACCUGGUGUUCGACAGCCUCUACCGCCUCAUCUGCCACUACAGAGACACGCCGCUGCGCUGCAACGAGUUUGAGAUGAGGCUGGGAAACCCGGUGCCUCAGCCCAACGCACACGAGAGCAGAGAGUGGUAUCACUCCAGUCUGUCCCGGGUUCAGGCAGAACACAUGCUGAUGCGGGUUCCCAGAGACGGAGCUUUUCUGGUGCGAAAACGAAGUGAGCACAACUCGUACGCCAUCUCCUUCAGGGCGGAGGGUAAGAUCAAACACUGCCGUAUCCAGCAGGAGGGUCGUCUCUUCAUGCUCGGCAGCUCGGCAGAGUUUGAGAGUCUGGUGGAUCUGGUGAGCUACUACGAGAAACAUCCUCUUUACCGCAAGAUGAGGCUGCGCUACCCGAUCAACGAGGACACACUGGACCGCAUGGGCACCACGGAGCUCGACUAUGGAGCUCUGUAUGAAGUCCGAACUCCUCAUUUCUACGUGGAGGCCAAUAAGAUGCCCACAGCACGGUGUACGGUCAAAGCUCUGUACGAUUAUCGGGCUCAGAGGGAAGACGAGCUCUGUUUCCCCAAACAGGCUCUGAUCCUCAACGUGGACAAGCAGGAGGGAGGCUGGUGGCGGGGAGAUUAUGGCGGGAAGAAGCAGCUGUGGUUCCCUGCAAACUACGUGGAGGUGGUUCCCAGUUCUCCCACCAGAGAACUGGACGAAGUGUCCACAGAGAACAGCCCUCUGGGUAAUUUCCUCAAGGGUUUCAUCGAUGUACCUACCUGCCACGUGGUGGUCCACAAAGACGGUAAAAACUCCAGGCCCUUUGUUUUCACCAUCCACUCGCAGCACCUCUCCUCUCACCCGGUGCAGAUGCUGGACGUCGCGGCGGACACUCAGGAGGAUCUGAACACCUGGGUCAGCAAGAUCAGGGAGGCCACACACAACGCAGACGCACGGAUGCAGGAGGAGAAACAGAUGGAGAGGAGGAAAAAGAUCGCGGUGGAGUUGUCCGAGCUGGUGGUUUACUGCAGACCCGUCCCCUUCAACGAAGACAAGAUUGGGACGGAGCGGGCGUGUUACCGGGACAUGUCGUCCUUCCCGGAGACGAAGGCGGAGAAGUUUGCGACGCGCAGCAGAGGGAAGCGCUUCCUGCAGUACAACCGCCGCCAGCUCUCCAGAGUUUACCCCCGAGGACAGAGACUGGACUCGUCUAACUACGACCCGCUGCCCAUGUGGAUCUGUGGCUCCCAGCUGGUCGCACUCAACUUUCAGACCCCAGACAAACCCAUGCAGCUGAACCAGGCCUUGUUCAUGCUCGGAGGAGGCAGCGGUUACGUCCCCCAGCCCGACAUCAUGAGGGAGGACGCCUUCGACCCUUUCGACAAGGACACUCUGCGCGUGGAGCCGAUUACAAUCCAGCUACAGGUGCUCGGUGCUCGUCAUCUGCCUAAAAACGGCCGCAGCAUCGUCUGUCCCUUCGUGGAGGUGGAGAUCUGCGGCGCUGAUUACGACAGCUGCAAGUGCAAGACUGACGUCGUGGCUGAUAACGGCCUUAAUCCCGUGUGGGUGCAGAAGCAGUUUGUGUUCGACAUCCAUAAUCCCACCUUCUCCUUCCUGCGCUUCACCGUCUACGAGGAGGACAUGUUCAGUGACCCCAACUUCCUGGCUCAGGCCACCUAUCCUGUCCGUCUGCUCCGAACAGGCUACAGGAGCGUCCCUCUGAGGAACAGCUACAGCGAGGAGAUGGAGCUGUCGUCGCUGCUCGUCCACAUCGAGAUUGUCAACGCAAAGGAGGAAGAUGACGAGAACCUGUACACGUCCAUCCAGCUGCUGCGGGAUCGAACCAGCGAGCUGUCGACGCAGGUGUCGCUGCUGGAGAGGUCGGGCUCAGCCGACCUCAGCUACCAGCAGAGUGUGGAGGAGCUGAGAGCGGCUCAGGACCAGCUGAGUGAACUGGUGGAGGCUCGAAACCGCAGGCUGGUGGAGAAGAAGCGGCGGGAGAAGCUGAGGCAGCAGGUGGCAGCAAAGCGCAGUUAAUCCUCCCCACCACCGGAGAGCGAUAAACUCCAAAAAAAAAUCAAAACAAGUCAAAAGGUGCCUGGAAAUGAGUUGCUGUCAUCAGUGAUGACCUAAAGAUAAAAAACAAAAACAGAAGAGAAAUCCACCGAUGACUGAGAGGAGGAAGAAGAACACGAUCCUUUUACAAUGAAACAGGAAGUGACAAAGAACAACAAAGACGAAGUAGAAAGUUAAUUGUUACAUUAUUUAAUUUCAUUUGCCAAAAAAACCUGAUACCCUAUUUAUGAUUUAAUUGUUUAAAGGGGAAAAAAAUCUUAAUGUUCCCUUAAUGUUCCCUUAAUGCUACAAUGAAAAAUUGGGGGAAAUAAGGAAAUCAGGGAAGUGUGAAUGCAGCGUCGAGUAGAGCUGCAUGAAAUCGUAAAAGACUUAUAUUAGUUUGUCCAAUAUUGCAACUUAAAUAUGCUUUCCAGUUGUUAGUAAUUAUAAUUUUGAAUCUCACUGAUCAUUUUCACACAAAAAAUAAUCAUAAUUGUGAUAAUUUGACGUUUCACAGAAGCACUUUUAGCCUUAGACUUGGCCCAAAGUUAGAAUUCGUUAGAAUUCAGAUUUUUAAAAUACAUAAGCCAGAAUUUCAGUGUCUUUCCAUUCGGAUAUUUUUGCAGUUUUUUUUGAUUAAUUGUGCAGUACACUAAUCUACAAUACACUGAAGAAAGAACAGGUUUGUUUUUAGCUGUUAGGAAGUUAGGAAAACACAGAGUUGCAUUGAUGGCACGCGGUGCUACAGAGCUGAAAUAAAAACUGUACAAUGAGCUUGUCCUGUGUUCAGACUCCAGUAAGACAAAAAAAACAACUACCCGGCAGGAUAAAAGGGAGAAGAAAACUCAGGUUAAAAGAAGAAAAUACAAAAAAACUUUGAUUCCUGAAAGGAAAACGGGAGCAGAGGGCAUGCGUAGCAAAAAAUAAAUAAAAAGAAAUAUCAUGUAUGUGCCUUUAAUGUUGCAGUUUGUAGAACUAUAGUUCCUUUACUGUUUCAGGAAGCAGAAGACUGAAAACUACUUUAUAAACAAAAGGAAGAAGAAGAAGAAGAGGAGAAUCUACUCUUCUAGCUCUGACUACUACUCAUGAAAUGGGUUUGAAGGGAUUCAAAGACGUUGACACAAUCAGGGCCGAGGUCUUGUUCAGGCGCCGGUCACAAACUGGACCGUAAAGUUUGUCCCCACGCCGUGCUGUGAAGGUCUUUUCAUAACUUCUCUUUAAAGGGCUUUAAACUCAUGAACGCUACCUUCAAAGAGGCACCAGAGCAGGAGGAGGAGGAGUCUCCUGGAUUUCACUUUAAAUGAAGGACUGAGGUGUUUUCACUUUGACUGGACACAAAACAAAGGGCUAUCACAGAAAAACUAGUCAAGCACUACCUUUCCCCCCCACACACACCUCUAUUUUGGUGCUUUUCCACAGUUCCAGCACGACUCAGUACGGCACAGAUGUACUGAAUCUUUAGAAUCAAUUUGAAACGUUCAGUAUUUCCUGCAUGAGUGGAGCAACAGUCACUGAGCUGAAAUACCACUGAACGUGGCCGACUUUCAGCAGUGCUGUCGCUAAAUACACCAGACUUUACGAGAUUUUUUUUGUGGUCCAUGUUUUUUUUCCAGGGUUUUUUUCGGGGCCUGUUUUUACGAGAUUUUUUUUUCAGGGCCUGUUUUUACAAGAUUUUUUUUGGAGGGUCUGUUUUUUACAAGAUUUCUGCAUUUAUGAGUUUUUUUUCCCAGGGUUUGUUUGUAACUGGCAGUCUGUUGGUGCCCUAAAAAAGUAGCAGGUACUAUCCUUAAUGGAAACGCAAAAAAAACCCAGUAGAGCAAAGCCGUGCCGAGCUGAGUCUUGCUGGAACUGUGUAGUGGAAAAGCUAAUAUUUCACACCUCACAUCUGAACUGCGCGACCGGGACCAGCUCCUCAUUGUCUGACAGCCGGCUCUGGAUCUAGAUCUGGAUCUUGAUUGAUUGAUUGAUGACUGCAUGGCUUCAUCUCUAAAUCAUUAGCGACUUCUCAUUUUCUCUUUUUGUAUAUAAUUACUUUUAUUUAUCAUGCAGCAGGUGCAGAUCCUGUUGUAACAGAAGAAAAUAUGACUGAAAAAAUCUUUAUGUAUAUUAAUAAAUAUUGUUUACUUGGAGCUUCCCCUUUAAAAGUCCUCUCGCUCUCUCCUCGCACCAGGUGUACGGACUUCUAUGCAAACGUCCUCCUCUUUGUCCGACAGCCAUUUGACUCAAGUUGUGUUUUUUUUUUUUUAUUCUCUCUCUCUGUAUCUAUGCUAUAACUGUCCAGUAUUAUUACUCUGGGUUACAAAUCCUGUGCAAGUUUUCAUAUAAUAAAACUCUUGGACGUA